UGGAGUUGCCGAGUCACCGCAGUGGCUGAGCUGGCUGACAGGAGGCGAGCUGGGGUGGGGAGCGGGCGCGGCGGAGGCAGCCAGCGGGAUCGGGCGCGGGAGCGGGGGAUGAGGCUGCGGCCGGGCGCGACGGCUCCUCUCGUCGCCCUGUGAGGAGGCCGCGGUGCCCGCCCUCUCUGCUCGCGCUCGUGGCCGGCCGGCCUCGCCUUCCUCCUCCCUUCCUCCGUCCCGCCUUCCCUCCCUCGCUCACUCGCCCGCCCGCCCGGCCGCGCCUUUCACUCGCCCGUUCGCUGCACCGCCUGCACCGGGGAAGCUGCGCCGCCGCCGCCGCCCACGUUCCGCGUCCCCUCCCUCCCCAUCCCCCCGGCACCAUGAUGGAGGAGAUCGACCGGUUCCAGGUGCCCACGGCGCACUCGGAGAUGCAGCCGCUGGAUCCAGCAGCUGCAUCCAUCUCAGAUGGAGACUGUGAUGUCCGGGAAGGAGAGACUGUAGCCAUGAAUUACAAACCAUCCCCACUCCAAGUGAAAUUGGAGAAACAGCGAGAGCUUGCUCGAAAGGGCUCCUUGAAAAAUGGCAGCAUGGGCAGUCCAGUCAACCAGCAGCCCAAGAAGAACAAUGUGAUGGCUCGAACAAGGCUGGUUGUCCCCAACAAAGGAUACUCUUCACUUGAUCAGAGUCCAGACGAGAAACCAUUGGUGGCCCUUGACACGGACAGUGAUGAUGACUUUGACAUGUCCAGAUAUUCCUCCUCGGGCUACUCCUCAGCAGAGCAGAUCAACCAAGACUUGAACAUCCAGCUGCUGAAGGAUGGUUACCGGUUAGAUGAGAUCCCCGAUGACGAGGACCUCGACCUCAUCCCCCCUAAAUCUGUGAACCCCACAUGCAUGUGCUGCCAGGCUACUUCCUCUACUGCCUGCCACAUCCAGUAACGGCCAGCAUGGGCCAGGACAGGGGCAGAGGGGGGAGGGGGCACAUCUGGUGCCCAUUCCCUCCCUGGUUCCCAUUCUGGGCCCUGCUCCUGGCCUUAGCUACUGGCCAACUUCUUAACAGCCAUUGCUUCCUCCUAUGGUAGGACGUGUACCUCUGUGUUCAUGAAGCCGGGAGAAACCAAAAUGAGAUUUCACUGGGGGGUGGGGUGGGGGGAGGGUGGUAGGGGCUCUUUGUUCAUUGAUUUGUUUAAAGGGGACUCAGCCAGCUUCCCCUUCUCCCUAAAACCACCACCACCUCCAUUGGCUUCCCAGCCAUGACUGUCUCCAGCAGACAGACUGGCCAAAAAUCCAGGGGAGAGCAGGAGGGGGAGAUGGGAGAAGGAGAGACACCAGGGGUUAGCGAGGGCUGAAAGGGGACUGACAAGGGAAGCAGCCUGGAGCUCUGGCCUCCACAGGCCUAGGCUAAGUCAGUCUGUGUUUCAUUCAGAAGAGAGCUCUGCCAGAUUGUCCUCAGGCCAGGCCGUGACCUAGUCUGAUUUCCCAGGAUGCCCAGGCUCAAAGUCUUCCCCCAGAAGUCCUUGGAGAUGGCCCCGUGAUGAUCUGCUGCAGACAUAGAACACCUGGCAGCUGAAGGAAACCCCAAAGAUUCCUCCUGGAACGGCUCAAGAAGGCCAGGUCCAGGGCCACUCAGCCUAGCCUGGCCUGGCCUGCCCUGGCUCAGCCUCGUGAUAUGAACUGUGGGAACUCAUUAUCUUUGCUGGCCCUGGCUUGUCCUCCUCCUGCCUUCUGACCUAUAUGCUGAUUUUUAGGGUUUUUUUUAAUGUUUAGUGUCCAUCUCCCCUCCUCUCCUGUUCCGUCCAACUUGAGCACAGUUUCUUGGCUUCAUUUUCCAUCCUUUUCCCAGGGGAUAUAAAGGUAGAGGGGAGCCCUCCCAUCUCUACCCCCAGGGGAGCAACUUCUUCUCUUGCUGGCAUCCUCUGUCUCUCUUCCUCUCCCUCUCUCUGUUUAGGAGGAAAAGGGGAGCAGCAGUGUACAUGGAAUCAGGACCAAGGGGGCAAUGAAGAGGAAUUCCCAUCUGCCCAGUUCUGUUGGUGCCCCACUGGGUUUUUAGGGGUGGUGGUGAAUAGAGGGAACUACCUCUGGCCCAGCCUCGCCCCACUUCCCACCCCCCCAUCUCCUUGUCUGCCACCAAGGCUUUGUGGGGAGCUGGAAGCAGGAAAGGAGAGGGAGUUACUAAUGUCAGUCCCCCUCCUCUACUCUGUGGUCAGCUAGAAUCGAGCCUCACCAGGCCUCCCUGUCUCCCUUGCCCUAAGGUUCUGCUUUUCUCAGCAGGCCAAGAUAUCCUUUGGGUCUGCACCAGGCACUGCCUCUGAAUCUGCUCUCCCCUACCCACACGGCUAGCUUCCUUCCCACUGUCACUCGAGUGAGCUGAACUUGCUGCUUGGGAAGUCACCACUUUUGUCCACAUCCUCCCCUUCAUGAGGCUCCGAGGAGAUUGCAUAGAAUAGGCAUUUUCAGGGAAGUGUGUGUGUGUGUGUGUGUGUGUGUGUGUGUGUGUGUGUGUGUGUGUAUGAUUAUAUGUGUACACGUGUGUGUGUCUGUCAGUAUGUGUCUUUGGGUAGUAUGUCUCUGUGUGUAUCUGGUUCUGCCUGUGUGUGCGUGUGUGUGUGUGUGUGUGUGUGUAUAUGUGUGUGUGAGAGAGAGAUAUGUCUGUAUAAGUGUGUGUAGGGUAUGUACUUGCAUAUCUGUGCUACUGCUAGUAUUUCUGUUUGGGUUACAAGGGUCAAAAAAUCCUGGGCCCCUCUUCCCUCUUCCUGAGGGUCCUGGAUCCUGAGUUUGCCUCCCCUUAGUAGGAAAGGAGAGAAUACGAUCCCAUGUGCCAAGGGACGCUCCUAGUUUCAGGAUGGGCAGUGACCUCAAAGGCUGAUGCAAGCACAAAGGAAAACUGUUUGCUUACCAGCGCUUGCCUAGCUCUCUGGAGCUACGUGUUUGGUAAAAACAAAAAAUCAUUUGGGGAAGGAGGGAAGUCCAGAGGGUCCCUGCCUUUAGGGCUAGGAGGUGGAAGGAGCAGGAUCAAAGUGGACCAGACCAAGCCAAGCUUUGGUCUCCUGUGUCCCAAUCUCGGAUAGGCCAGCCUCUGGAAAAGCUGAUUUGCGAAACAGUCAAGGUUGUCAGGACCCUCGCCAGACAUAAGCCCAGCAAGGCCAUUCCCUCCCUGCCUAUCCUCUAGCCUAUCUUUGUGUGCCCAGCCCCAGCCUCCCCACCUCUUAAGUGGGAUUUGGGAUUGGGGUACAGA